AUGGGCGCCAGUUACGGGUCCGAUCCUUCGUACCGAGCUUCUGCCGAACAUUUUGGGCGUCUCUUGGCUCAGAACGGCAUCGGACUGUUGUACGGCGGCGGGAAUGCAGGACUAAUGGGUGCUGUGGCGGAUGCAGUGCUGAGGGAAAGUGGUUAUGUCAUCGGAGUUCGCCCAGAAGGCAACUUGCUGACAGCAGAGCAUGAGCAUAAAAACUUGUCUCAUAUGAUUUUCACAAAGACAAUGCAUGAACGCAAGCAGACUAUGGUCGAUUUUGCCGACCUUCUUGUGGCACUCCCCGGUGGCUUGGGAACCCUUGAUGAGCUGGCCGAUGCUGUUGUUCUUGCCCAUCUGGGCACGCACAGCAAACCACUUUAUCUUCUAAACACCACCUUCUGGGCACCCCUCCUGAAGUUUAUCGAGAACAUGGAGACGGCGCAGUUUCUCGGAGCCGGGCGCUGGGGCAAACUGGUGAAGGUUGUUGACAGCGCCGAGGACAUAAUCCCAAGCCAGCGGGAAAGGAUCGAAUCAGCGGCCGAGGCCCCUGAGGCCGAGGCAAGUCCGUGCUCUUUCUUGCAGCUGGAAGUCGUCAAGACUCGCAGCGACGGCUGCCCUUUCCAGGUUGGCUUUCUGCCGGCUUUGGCAGCCGGAUGUCUCUCCGCAGUCUUGAUCGCCUCCUUCGGUGUGCACUCCACAUCUGUAUCCUCAGGCCGCUGUAUUGUGGACCUCUUCAUGCUGAUUACGGUUCUGGCUGCAACCUCCCGCAUGAGCAGCGUUCCAGAUUCACAUGCCCUUGCCAUUGCUCUUGGCCAAAGAGUUUCCUGGUCAGGCCUUUACCUUGGCAUUUCCAAGUGGGGCGACAUGAUCGGGAAUCUGUUGUGUGCUUUCCCCCUCAAUUAUUGGUCGGACUUCUGGCGCAGCAGCAGUCGCCAGGCAAUGAUUUUCGGUAUGACUGUGAUGUCAGCAGGGUCAGCGCUCUGCCUGGUGACGCUCUCGCGAGUGUCAGAGGACUCUGGCGUCAGGGAUUCUUCAACGCUGCCGAUUCUCCUUUGUGUGUCCCGCGCCAUCAUCGGAGUCGGCAACGGCAUCGUGACGCAGCUUGUGAUUGUGCUCCUGUCGAAGUUGACGCCGCCAGACGACUUGCCUCAAGAGUUCCAGCGCGCGAUCUUCUAUGUCACCGUCGGGACAGGUCUGGGCCCCUUGGCCUCUGCAGCAGGCUACAGCUUGGAUGUUUGCUCUACCACGGCACCUCAGUUUAAGAUAGUUGGUAGCUGA